AUGUUGGGACGGAACGUGCGAACCAACCUGGACCUCCUAAAGCCGGAUGUGGACGCGCGGCAGCGCGAGGAAAAACUUCGCCAGUGGCAGGCCGGUAGGCCAGGUCACAACAGGCAGUUCUCGAUCGGAGACCACGUCUGGACACGGGCCUACGGUGGACCGUCCAAGUGGCGGCGGGGCGUCAUCACCGCCCGGACGGGCCCGCUGUCGUUCGAAGUGGACGUGGGGAGCGCGAUCUGGUCGCGGCACGCCGACCAGCUGCGUCUGGCGGGCACCCAACAGGCUGCUGCAGCGUCCGAUGGCGCGGAGGAAAUCAGCCGGCAGCCGACGGUGGCAGCACCGAACCCUCCGAGGAAGCGCAGGUAG